AUGGUGAUGUUCCAGCCGGAGGUCGCGCCGCCCCUCAUUGCCGCGCGGCCCGGCAUGCUGGACGGCCUCGCCUGGGUGCUCCUGGCGCUGGGUGGCGAGGACGACGACAAGAGCGGCCACGCGGUGCUGUUCCCCACGGUGCAGGCGCUGAGCUGGAUGGCGGGGCACCCGGCAGCGCGCCCCGCGCUCAAGGGGCACGCGCGGAUACGGGAGGGGCUGCGGUACGCGGCGCGGCGCGUGCGGCUGGUGAGGGUUGUGGCGGAGGACACGCUGGAGCAGAUUGAGACGGGGUCCACGGUGCUGCAGAAGGCGGCCGCGGCGGCCGCCGCGCGGUCAGAGGCGGGGCUGCCGUCCAAGGCGUGCGCGGAGUGCGGCGCGACGGGCGGCGAGGGCAGCGGCGGGCGGCUGCUGCAGUGCACGCGCUGCAAGGCCGCGGGGUGUCGGGCGGUCUAUUACUGCUCCGCGGCGCACCAGAAGGCGCACUGGCCGGAGCACAAAAAGGUCUGCGGCUACACCAGCUCGAAAAGCAUCCCCAGCAUUGUCAUACCGGCCCCCCAGCCGGUGGAGCACUGGACCCCCACCCACGUGCCAAGCAGGGAGGAGCUGGAGGCGAUGGGGGCGCGGCAGCUCAAGGCGCUGCUGGCGGCGCGCGGGGUGUCGUCUGAGGGGCUGCUGGAGAAGAGUGAGCUGGUGGAGAAGCUGCUCGCCACGCGGGAGGGCGGCGGCUGA